ACACUACAGGAUCACAAUGACCUUGUAGGUCUAGUUUAAUUUAAACUUAUAGUUGGUAAGAACCAAUAGAGAUCUGCUGAGCAGUUGUCAUAUGCCUGAGACCAAUUCUAAAUAUAGGCAGCUAUUAAUAGAAUAUGUGAGCAGACUGGGCUUCACACAUUUUCUGCCCUGACACGACCACACUACUCAGUAAAGUGGCUGAGAGGAAGCAUUAUACUGUAUUCUCAAUCAGAAUGGGGGACCUUCCGCACUUUGAGCAGGACUUCUACCAAACAGGAUAUUACAUAGAUGACCAGGGUCACACAGUGGCCAGCUACGAUACCUACAAUUCCCAGUACCCUGAAUAUUACGACACCGGAGCACAGGCUGUUGUAUCGCGUGCUCUGGAUCCCCACAUGGAGCACCAGUACACAGGACAGUUCUUCCAACCUGCAAUGGUUUCUGGGACUGUUGGAAGCCAAGGAACAGAUUAUUCUGAAGAGGAACCUACCCUUCUUGAGGAGCUCGGCAUAAAUUUUGAUCACAUUUGGCAGAAAACUUUGACCGUGCUGAACCCGUUUAAGCCUGCAGAUGGCAACAUUAUGAAUGAGACUGAUCUGACUGGUCCUGUCCUCUUUUGCGUUGCACUUGGGUUCACUUUAAUGAUGGCAGGUAAAGCCCACUUUGGUUAUGUGUAUGGGAUCAGUGCAACAGCCUGUAUUGGUAUGUACAUUCUGUUGAGUCUGAUGAGCUCUGUGGCCGUGGCUUAUGGCUGUGUGGCCAGUGUCCUGGGCUACUGCCUCCUGCCCAUGGUGGCCCUCUCUACAUUUGCUGUAUUCUACUCUUUGCAAGGCGUCCUGGGUACGGUUCUGGCCUUGUUUGGAAUUUGUUGGUGUAGUCUGUCUGCCUCCAAGAUCUUCAUCUCCACUCUGGCCAUGGAGGGCCAACAACUGCUGGUGGCUUACCCAUGUGCUCUGCUCUAUGGGCUUUUUGCAUUAGUCACUGUAUUCUAAUAAUAGCCAAAUUGAACUCUGAGGAAAAUCGUUAUUUAAAAAGUUUCACCGCCUAGUCUAUUUGUGUGCUUAUGUAAUGCCCUCAAGGGGAUUUAAAGGAAAUCAGGAACCUGGUGCUUUGAGUACCGAUACAAAGUAAACGCCACAAACUGGACAAUAAAGCAAUUCCAGUUCAUCACUGUAGGCCACUAGAGCGUUAACAUUUAAAGGGUUUUUGAACAUUUUCAAAUUUGGCGCUUCAAGUAUAAAUAUAAUAGUACGUAGAGAGAGCACAUGUGGAAUAAGUGUAUGUAACAUUUCCAUCCAUCUCAUCGCUUUUAAUACUAAUAAUUUAAUACUAAUAAUUCUGACGUUUUCACCAUUUACUAAUUUCCCCACCUUAGCCAAGCCUAAAAGCAUAUUGAACUAGAAAGUUAAUACAUCGACUUUGUCUUUAUUUACAAAGUAUUCUAAUGGGAAAACAUGAAUAAUGUUUCACUUUAGUCAGUAUUACUCAGACGAGAGAAAGUCUCCACUCUCUUACACAGAGGCACAUUGUAUUCUGGGUCAUCUGAUAAUCAAGAUGUUUGUGCGUCAUGUUUAUAAUCUCAUGGUGACCGGCACUUGGUUUUUGCCCAGAGCCCCCGACUUCCUUCUGUAUAUAAUCCAGCACGGAAGAUGACCACGUUGAGUAGACCAUGCAUGAGUUGUUUGUGUCUGUGUGUCAAUUUUUUCACCUACUUAUACGUUUUUUUUUAAAUAAAUGUCCUGUUUACUAAUUUCAAAAUGGUGUUGAGUAAUAU